GAUGUAACAUUAGAUGUCAUAAGUCGGGAGCAGACCGGCAGCUACGUAAGAGGACUUCAAUGGACCUUGCAUUACUACUACAACGGUAUUCAGUCAUGGUCUUGGUAUUACCCCUUCCAUUGCGCACCUUACAUUUCCGACAUCAAAGAUUUCUCUGACUGCUCCAUGGAGUUCGAACUAAGCCACGCCAUGAUGCCGUUUGAACAGCUGAUGGCCGUCCUGCCGCCCCAGAGCGCCCAGCUGCUGCCUCAGUGCUACGCUGACCUCAUGCUCAGCCCUGACUCGCCUAUCAUCGACUUCUAUCCGCGUGAUUAUGACCUAGAAGCUGAGGCACCCAUGCCGUUCAUUGACGAGGAACGUCUGCUGGAGGCCAUGUCUAAAGUGAGCCAUCGUCUUACUGAAGACGAGCGACGACGCUCUGUUCAUGGUCCCAUGCGCGUCUACAGCUUCACGCCAGACGACCUCGGUGCUUAUGAGAGUCCCGAGCAUUUCCCACCGGUUCGCAUGAACCAUGCCAAGUGCGACUUGAUUCACGGAGAGGCGUGGAGCCUCUCUAGGGAGGAUAUCCUGAGGGGCUUGUGUCCUGGAGCGCAGACUGAGCUUUACUUCCCAGGCUUCCCUACGCUCAAGAAUCUGGCACAUACACAUCGUGUUGGGCUUGUGUACGCGCGAGCGUUCCAGGAGUCCGUCAUUAUUGAACUUGGGGAUCCCUUCUUCUGCCGCUACCGUCCGUAUGAGUGGUUCGACAAGAUUGCUCAGGAACUUCUGAACAAAAUCGUCUACGUUGACUGGCCACAUCUCAAAGAAGCUUUGGUGGUUGGCUUGAGCUGCGGCAGGUUCGCCAGUCCCGGUGCGUCAUCCAUGAUCGAAGUGUUCAACAACUACGAGCUGGACGGAACACUACCCGAACAACAAGAAUUUCUUACAACUGUUAAAAGCCUUCGCUCUGAUCUUCUCUACAAGUGGGGCAUCGAUGCUGGUCGCUCCAGCAUCUUGGUGCACUGCAAGCCCAUCGCUGGCAGACGAGCUCGCAGCACUCGAGGUGGACAAAUUGUGUUUGGGCUACUCCACCACGGUUGUUGCGCCACGGUUCUGGAGAACUCUCCCAGCAACAAAGCUGAUGCUGGAACCAACGACGAAGUUCUUGUUCGAGUUGAGACGCGUCACGAGCCUGACUUGAGCCGCCUCAAGUCGUCAGUCCCUGGACAUAAAUACUUGCACGCAUUCGAGGUGGGCGAACGCCUGGGUAUGUCGCAGGAGACGGUGAUGCGCCUCGCAGGCACGGUGCUGAUGGUGCUUAAAUCAGACCCUGACGAGCCUCCAUUGGCCCCCACCUUACCUAAGCCUAAGAUCAACCUUGGACUCGACCUCUUGUUCUUCAAACAGAUGCAGGAGGUGAACCGACCUAUAGCUGUCGUGCCCGUAAUUAAUGAUAGGUUUGUUAUCUUUUGUGAAGAGAAAAAAUAUGUGUUAACCAUCAUGAAUUACAAUAAAACCUGUACCGGUUAUUGA